AUGCUGCUUUGGUCGGAGAAGCACUCAAGCUCGACUGCAGCACGGAAACGAGACAUGUCAGGUUGGCGCCCCCCAGGACCUCAAGGCGACCACCGCAUGGGCGCUGGAUACACUGGACGCAAUCGACAGGCUUCUAAUGGCGGCCCAAGUGGCGUUCAGAGAUCGUCAGCUGCACAGCUCAAAGAACAGGAACCGCUCUUCACCACCUACGAGCAUUUAGCUGGCUUGCAACGCGGAGAUGCUGCCCUCACGAUUCUGCGCAGAGUCGCUUCCAUGGUGAAGCCAAUAAUGCGGAAACGAGGCUGGCGAGUACAGGUCCUGGCAGAGUUCCUUCCUCCAGAGCAAAACCUACUCGGUCUAAAUAUCAACAAAGGUUACAAAAUCUGCCUUCGUCUUCGCUACCACCACAGCCCAGAUCUUUUCCUGCCGACUGAGGAGAUACUCGACACGUUGCUGCAUGAGCUCUCGCACAAUGUCUGGGGAGAGCACGACAGCAAUUUCCACAAGUUAUGGGACGAACUUCGUGACGAGGCUGAGACAUUGAUGCGGAAAGGCUACACUGGUGAGGGAUUCUUGGGCUCAGGUCAACGUCUUGGUGGUCAUGCUGGUAAUAGUGCUUUGCCACCUCACGAGUUGCGCCGGAUUGCUCGUGAAUCCGCAGAGAAGCGUAAGGCUCAAGGUGCGCUGAUGCAAGGCUCUGGGCAGAGACUUGGUGGAAGAGCAAUUCAUCAGCUUGGAGGUGAUGUGCGCAAAGUCAUUACUGACCAGAUCACCCGACGCAACACCAUUAAUAAGGGAUGUGCUUCAGGGCGAUCCGAUGCCGGCAAGCUGUCAGAGCAAUCGUCGAAUAAUACCUUCAAGACGAAGGCCGAAGAGGAUGACGCUAACAACAGAGCCAUCGCACAGGCGCUUUACGAGUUGAUGGAGGAGGAGGAAGAGCAGAAGCUGAACGGCACUUUCGUGGAGAAAUCCGGCAGCGGCGGUCUCGAGUGGAGUCCUGAGAAUGGACUUUACAGUGCUGGCAUGAAUCUGCCUUCCAUUGACCACCAGAACCAUCCUAGUGAGGAGGAUCAGCUGAAAUGGGCAAUGGAAGAAAGCACUAGACUUGCGAGUCCUGAUUUGCCAUCUCAGCAAAAAGAACCUUCGAAAGGCGACCAGAGGAGGUCUGCGCCUCCAGUUCCACUUGCUUCAAAGCCGUCCUCGUCGGCGGAUACGACAUCAACCAAGCGCAAACAACUUGACGCCAAUCUGAGUCCGAAGGCAUCGUCGAGCAGACAGAAAGCUGCCACAGCCAAGGCAAAGAGUGACGAUCUUGAAGUUGAAGCACUACCAUCAACGUUCACGACGUUUCCGAGCAGCGAUAGCGAUCAGUGGAGCUGCGAAAUUUGUACUUGCAUCAAUCCGCUACAAUUCCUAGCCUGCGAUGCCUGCGGUGUGGAGCGGUCACAAGCGGUCAUGGUCAACGCACGAGCAAACAGUGGUCACGACAGGCGAUCAAAGACAGCUCCUCCUCGAAAGAUCAAGCCCGAGCCUAUGUCUUCGGCUGAUCGCUUCCCUGUGAAGCCACCAGAUCCAAAUGCUAGUCUGGGUUGGAAUUGCUAUGGCACACAGGGAAUCAAUCCAGCAUACAGACAGACCAGGAUGGCAGCCCCACCAGAGAUCAACGUCCAUAAUAUGACAGCGGACUACGACAUGAACAAGAAGAUUUCCGAUGGCACGGCCGACAUGCUCAAGCAGCAGGGCGUUCCUUGGCUGGUACGACAGGCCGCAAACUACAGCGCUAUCGAGAUCAAACUCAAGCAAUACGAGGAGGGCGAUGGCAUCCACCUCGACCAAGAGCAAAUCUCUACCGGUGGUGUGGUGCAGCUGGAACAGAGAAUCAUGAAUGGCGAGUGGGGCGAUCGUGACAUCCAGUACUGGGGCAAGGUCAAGGGGUGGAACAAGUAUGUCAAGGUCGCAGAUAUCACCGAAGAUGACUUCCUCAAGGAGGGCUGGGCACAGGAAUGCAUGGACGGCGAUGUCAUUAUGAGCCACACCGAGAGCCAGCAGAAUGGUUGGAUCGCAGACCAAGUUUGGGGCUUUGCUGAGGUUGACGGUCAGCGAAGACACGUUCGACGUGUGGUGUCCAGGAAGGGAAAUGAUGUUCUUCGAGUCAAGCUCGUUUACGACUUCAAGCCAUAG